CCCUUCCUCCCCGCCCCAGGACCCCGCUGGGAUUUUUGAGCUGGUGGAAGUGGUUGGCAAUGGCACGUACGGGCAAGUCUACAAGGGCCGGCAUGUCAAAACGGGUCAACUGGCAGCCAUCAAAGUCAUGGACGUUACUGAGGACGAAGAAGAAGAAAUCAAACUGGAGAUUAAUAUGCUAAAGAAAUAUUCUCAUCAUAGAAAUAUUGCAACUUACUAUGGUGCUUUCAUUAAGAAAAGUCCUCCAGGUCAUGAUGACCAACUGUGGCUUGUUAUGGAGUUUUGUGGAGCAGGCUCUAUCACAGACCUUGUGAAGAACACGAAAGGGAAUACUCUGAAAGAAGACUGGAUAGCAUAUAUCUCCAGAGAGAUUCUCCGGGGGUUGGCACAUCUUCAUGCCCACCAUGUGAUUCACCGGGAUAUCAAAGGGCAAAAUGUUUUGUUAACAGAGAACGCAGAAGUGAAACUCGUGGAUUUCGGUGUGAGCGCUCAGCUGGACAGGACAGUUGGCAGGAGAAACACUUUUAUUGGAACUCCAUACUGGAUGGCUCCAGAAGUUAUUGCCUGUGAUGAAAAUCCAGAUGCUACGUAUGAUUACAGAAGUGACCUUUGGUCAUGCGGCAUUACAGCCAUAGAGAUGGCAGAAGGAGCUCCCCCGCUUUGUGACAUGCAUCCCAUGAGGGCACUCUUUCUGAUACCCAGGAACCCUCCCCCACGGUUAAAAUCCAAGAAAUGGUCAAAAAAGUUUUUCAGCUUUAUAGAAGGUUGUCUAGUGAAGAAUUACAUGCAGCGACCUUCUACAGAACAACUCUUGAAACAUCCCUUUAUACGUGACCAACCGAAUGAAAGGCAAGUCCGAAUCCAGCUUAAGGACCAUAUAGACAGGACCAGGAAGAAGAGAGGAGAGAAAGAUGAAACAGAGUACGAAUAUAGUGGAAGUGAGGAAGAAGAGGAGGAAGUGCCUGAACAAGAAGGAGAGCCAAGUUCCAUUGUCAAUGUGCCUGGAGAAUCAACCCUCCGACGUGAUUUCCUGAGACUACAGCAGGAAAACAAGGAACGGUCCGAGGCCCUUCGGAGACAGCAGCUGCUGCAGGAGCAGCAGCUCCGCGAGCAGGAGGAGUACAAGAGGCAGCUGCUGGCAGAGAGGCAGAAGCGCAUCGAGCAGCAGAAGGAGCAAAGGAGGCGGCUAGAAGAGCAACAAAGAAGAGAACGGGAAGCUCGUAGGCAACAAGAGCGUGAGCAAAGGCGGAGGGAACAGGAAGAAAAGAGACGUCUGGAAGAAAUGGAGAGGAGGCGUAAGGAAGAGGAAGAGAGAAGAAGAGCAGAGGAGGAAAAGAGGAGAGUAGAAAGGGAGCAGGAGUAUAUCAGGCGACAGCUAGAAGAGGAGCAGCGGCACUUGGAAAUUCUACAGCAGCAGCUGCUCCAGGAGCAGGCCAUGUUACUGGAAUACAGAUGGCGAGAGAUGGAGGAACACCGACAGGCGGAGCGACUCCAGCGCCAGUUGCAGCAGGAGCAAGCCUAUCUCCUGUCGCUGCAGCAUGAUCACAGGCGGCAGCAGCAACAGCAACAGCAGCAACAGCAGCAGCAGCAAGAAAGAAAUAAACAAAGCUAUCAUACCCCUGAGCCAAAAUCCCACUAUGAGCCUGCUGAAAGAGCGCGUGAGGUGGAGGAGAGAUUUAGAAAAACUAAUCAGGGUUCCCCUGAAGCACAGUCUAAGCAGAUGGGCAAAGUGUUGGAGCCACCAGUGCCUUCAAGAUCAGAGUCCUUUUCCAAUGGAAACUCAGAACCUGCUCAGCCUGCCCUGCAGAGGCCGAUGGAGCCCCAGGUACAGUGGUCCCAUCUGGCAUCUCUCAAGAACAAUGUUUCCCCUGUCUCGCGAUCCCAUUCCUUCAGUGACCCUUCUCCCAAAUUUGCUCAUCACCAUCUUCGUUCCCAGGACCCAUAUCCACCUUCACGCAGUGAAGUGCUAAAUCAGAGUUCUGACUCUAAGUCGGAGGUACCCGACCCCACCCAAAAGGCUUGGGCUAGAUCAGACAGUGACGAGGUGCCUCCAAGGGUACCUGUGAGAACAACGUCCCGAUCACCAGUCCUGUCCCGCCGUGAUUCUCCACUGCAGGGUAGCGGCCAGCAAAAUAACCAAGCAGGUCAAAGAAACUCAACGAGCAAUAUAGAGCCUCGUCUGCUGUGGGAAAGGGUGGAGAAGCUCGUACCAAGACCGGGCAGUGGCAGUUCUUCAGGUUCAAGCAACUCCGGCUCACAGCCUGGCUCCCACCCUGGCUCUCAGAGCGGGUCUGGAGAGCGGUUCCGGAUGAGAUCAUCAUCCAAAUCAGAGGGUUCGCCAUCUCAGCGUCAUGAAAGCGCACCUAAAAAGCCUGAAGAGAAAAAGGAGGUCUUCAGACCUAUCAAGCCUGCUGGAGAAGUGGAUUUAACUGCAUUGGCAAAGGAAUUGCGAGCGGUAGAGGAUGUGCGACCUCCACAUAAAGUGACGGAUUAUUCAUCCUCAAGUGAGGAGUCAGGGACGACAGAUGAAGAAGAUGAUGAUAUGGAACAAGAAGGAGCAGAUGAAUCUACUUCUGGACCAGAUGAUGUCCGAGCAGUGUCAACAUUGAACUUGAGCAAUGGUGAAACAGAGUCAGUGAAAACCAUGAUUGUCCAUGACGAUGUGGAGAGUGAACCUGCCUUGACUCCUUCUAAGGAGGGCACCUUAAUUGUCCGACAGAGUACAGUUGACAAAAAGCGUGCCAGCCAUCAUGAGAGCAAUGGCUUUGCCGGUCGCAUUCACCUCUUGCCAGAUCUCUUACAGCAAAGCCAUUCCUCCUCCACUUCCUCCACCUCCUCCUCCCCAUCCUCCAGCCAGCCGACACCCACCAUGUCCCCACAGACACCCCAGGACAAGCUAACUACUAAUGAGACUCAGUCCGCUAGUAACACACUCCAGAAACACAAAUCUUCCUCCUCCUUUACACCUUUUAUAGACCCCAGAUUACUACAGAUUUCUCCAUCUAGCGGGACAACUGUGACUUCUGUGGUAGGAUUUUCUAGUGAAGCAAUGAGAUCAGAGGCAAUAAGGCAAGACCCUACACGGAAAGGAUCAGUUGUCAAUGUGAAUCCCACGAAUACACGGCCACAGAGUGAUACCCCAGAGAUUCGCAAAUACAAGAAGAGAUUCAAUUCUGAGAUACUGUGUGCUGCCUUAUGGGGAGUGAACUUGUUAGUGGGCACUGAAAGUGGUCUGAUGCUGCUAGACAGAAGUGGUCAGGGGAAGGUUUAUCCGCUCAUUAAUCGAAGACGAUUCCAGCAGAUGGAUGUACUUGAAGGGCUGAAUGUCUUGGUGACAAUUUCUGGUAAGAAGAACAAGUUGCGAGUCUACUAUUUGUCCUGGUUAAGAAAUAAAAUCCUUCACAAUGACCCUGAAGUAGAAAAGAAACAGGGCUGGACAACGGUGGGCGACUUGGAAGGCUGUGUGCACUAUAAAGUUGUAAAAUAUGAAAGAAUCAAGUUCUUGGUAAUUGCAUUGAAGAGUUCUGUGGAAGUCUAUGCAUGGGCACCAAAGCCAUACCAUAAAUUUAUGGCCUUUAAGUCAUUUGGAGAAUUGGUACAUAAGCCAUUGCUGGUGGAUCUAACCGUAGAAGAGGGUCAGAGACUAAAAGUGAUCUAUGGCUCCUGCGCUGGCUUCCAUGCCGUUGAUGUGGAUUCAGGAUCGGUCUAUGAUAUAUAUCUACCAACACAUAUCCAGAGUAGUAUCCAACCUCACGCAAUCAUCAUUCUCCCAAACACGGAUGGGAUGGAGCUACUGGUCUGCUACGAGGAUGAAGGAGUUUAUGUCAACACGUAUGGAAGGAUCACCAAGGAUGUGGUUCUGCAGUGGGGAGAAAUGCCAACUUCAGUUGCAUACAUCCGAUCCAACCAGAUUAUGGGCUGGGGAGAAAAAGCUAUCGAAAUACGAUCGGUGGAAACUGGACACUUGGAUGGUGUGUUCAUGCACAAAAGGGCACAAAGACUCAAGUUCUUAUGCGAACGCAAUGACAAGGUUUUCUUUGCCUCCGUACGGUCGGGUGGAAGCAGUCAAGUCUAUUUCAUGACCCUUGGCAGGACUUCUCUUCUGAGCUGGUAGAAGCAGUGGGAUUUGGCGAGGAAUUGCUGACAUCCAGAGUCUGAGAUCUUCAUAACUCGGAAUUAUUUUCAACUGGAGUACAGACCUGCACUAAUGCAGCACUCUGUGUAAAUGUGUGUGCAGGCAUCACUGGUGUUAGGUUUCUUUUUGUUUUUCAACUGAGGCUGCGACGCAGCUGGUGCUGUAAAGAUAUUGCCAUCAGGUGCUACAAUGUCUUUGAGAUUUGGGAUCACGCUAGAAAGCUACAGGUCUUCUUUUCCCUUCAGCUCCAGGAUUCCUAGGCUUUGAAGGAGUCUGUUUGUUAGUGUUAAAACAGAGACGGGGAAAAAAAAGGAAAAAAAAAAAAACGAGACUUACCAUGAACAUGCUGUUGAGUGGACAGGAGGCAGGCAAGAGAAGGUGAGAAGUGGUGUAGAGAGUCAGACUGGCUGAAACAGAGGGCAGAUCUAGUCUAGUAAUGUUAACAAUGUAUUUAAUUGACAUUUCUUUUUUGUAAUGUGACAAUAUGUGGACAAAGAGGAAGGUGGAGGUUUUAAGAAGUUAAUAUUUAUAAAAUGUGAAAGACACAGUGACUAGGAUAACUUCUUUUUGGGGACAGGGAGGGUGGGAAGGGGCUUGGGGUGGAGUUCUUGGGGUUUUUUUGUUUCUGCAGUUUUAUUUUUGGCCUGGCCAAUAACUUUAGUCAUUUUCUGUGUACCAGGUAUUGCCUGAAACAUGUGCAGAUGAUAAAAAAGAAAAAAAAAAAAAGAAAAAAAGGGAAAAAAAACAAAAGAAAAAAAAUUCAUUUUCUAUAAUGAUUCUGUGUUAGGCCAGAACUUGGUUAUGUCACAGUAUUAGCACUGCCUCAGUUAAAGGUUUAAUUUUUGUUUAAACCUAGAAGUGCAACAACAGUUUUACCACAGUCUGCACUCACAGAACUUAAAAAAAAAAAUAAA